AUGAUAAAUUUCUCAUAUGAGCAUUAUAUGAACCUUCUGUUUCAUUUAGAGUGUAGUGAUGAAAAUAUACCGUCUGAAAUUGCCAGAAGAAUUGUAUCCCAUGCUAUAGCGCCCGUGAUUACCGUUACUUCAACACCUGAAUUAGAUAAACAUAUACAAGAUACCUACUCAAUUGACUCUCUUUAUAUGUUGCUAAGAUUUUUUGGUGGUUGUGUCUCAGAUAGAGAUCAGGCUAGCGAAUCGAAAGCAAAUGCACCUCAUUCAUCGUCCAGCUUAACAACCACCAAGACUACACGUGCUAGAAGCAGGUCGAACAGUCUCUUUCAGAGAGAUUCGACGCAAUCCCAAUAUAUUAGAUUUACGCGGCCCUUACCAGACCUUGUAGAACGUCAUGAUAAGAAUGAUAUGCUUUUUGACCAUCACUCAUUGGAAUCAUACUUACGCCAAUAUUUAGAAUUAGUUGAGAAGUUUACAUUUGAUUCGACUUCUCAUCAGCUACUAAAAAAGUCCCUAUACCAUAACUUCUUCUCGUUGGCAAUCUCUUCUACAACAACUCUAUCACCGUUUGAAUCCUUCAAUCAUCCAAUCAUGUCUUUGAUUGCGUUAGAUAUAACUAACUCACAAUCAUACGAGGACGCUAAAGGACUCCUAAUCAAAUUCAAAAAUUUGCAUAAUACAAUUGAUAAAUUUCCCAUUUACAUUAACACAUACGAUAUGUUACCGGUAUUUCUUUUGUGCUAUAAUGCUGAUUCACCAGAAGAAGUUCAACAAUGUGAAGAGCUUUCCGUUAAGAUCAAGAAGCAGUUAUUUGUAGAAAGCAUAUCCCUACCUUUAUGGAAAAAUUCUUAUCAAACAGAGCCAUUCAUCAAAUUGCAUCAACCUGUAAUGUCAUCAUUAGAUGAAAUGAUUUAUUUUUUACAAUCCGAUGAACAAAACACCUUGCCAAUAGAACUAACGAAUACAACGUACGAUAUGCUCGAAAAAUUAGUAUAUGCCCUACUGAUUCCAUUCAUGCAACGUAAGAUAGCAUUCUGGGAAGAGACAGUUUUACAGCCAAAAAAAUCGAUUUUUCAUGGAUCAAAGUUUUUGAAGAAACUAAUGUCAAGAGCAUCUACUUCGUCGCAUCAACAACAGAAUAUCUUAACAAAAGACCACGAUGGGAAUGAGUAUUUCGCUUCUUCAUCUCCUGAGCUCUUAUUAAGGAAGUUAGCUGACUGGUCUAUUAUGCUUUCCGAUUUCAAAACUGGCUAUGCGACUUACGAGAUAUUAAGUCAUGAUCUGGAACUGUUUCCAAAAUAUCUGGCCUCCUGUUUAGAAUGGGAAGCUGUUUCUCUUCUAAUGGGUGCCCAAAAUAUUGUUACAGUCAAAAUGAUGAAGAAUGACAUAAGCCCUUUAAUCGAUAGGGCAUUGGACGCCUAUGAUGCUUGUGCAGCAAAUACACACCUGAGUAAUAAAAAAAUUGGCCCCACAAAUGAAUCUACCUCCUUAGAGCCCGUACUUUCAUAUGAAACUCGAUGUUUAAUUUUAUCUUCUGAGCUUUUUCUUUCUUUAAGCGAUACGUGGACUUCCACACCUUACGCAAUCAACUACUUAGAAUCUAUUCUUGAAGAAUCAAGGUUAGGUCCCUGUUCUCGUAUCAUGAUCUGGGAAAGAUUAAGUGAUUGCUAUGACUUACGAGUAGAUCCGAGAAUAAAAUCUAAAGUAGAACAAGUGCAAAAGCAAGACAAUCUAGAAGAGCCUGCUGACAACGAACAUCGUAUACUAAACUCUCAGGACGAUUUGAACCCAAGUAACAUUGUUUCACAAGGGCUAACGAGAAAACGUAAAGCUGCGUUCUUCAGAUUACUUGCCGCAAAGAUGUGGGCUGAACAAGGACAAUGGAAACAAGUAAAAUGGUGCUUGGACAACAUAACAGAUAUUUAUUCUCGAGUCGGCUUGGUUAACAGAGACGAUCUAAUUCUAACGAGAUUAAGAGAAGAAUACAAUAUAGCUGUUAGCGACAGUAAAUGA